AUGGCUCCUUUGCCACGAUUGGGACGCCUUAGCCUCUUACUCUUGCCCUUUCCCGUGAUCCAGACACGACACAGCACAACAGAUAUGAGCGAUCCGAACACGAUACCGGCGCGACUGCCGCCACCUGGAUAUACUAGCAAUCUUAUCAACCCGCACAGUACUGGAUACCAACAAACGAUAUGCAAUGUGAUAUGUGUGAUCUUCGUCACCCUGUUUGUGGGGAUGAGAAUAUACACGCGGAUACGGCUUGUCAAAUGUGUCAGCUGGGAUGACUGUCUGUUCCAAUACAUAGUAAAAGUCGGCCUUGGCAAACAUCUCUGGGACGUCAGCGCAGCCUCCUUUUCUCCGACCUUUCUCGAAGUCUGGACUUUCGCCGCUAUGAUCUACUCCAUCUCUAUGCUCUUCAUCAAAAUGUCAAUCUUGAUGUUGUAUCGACGAUUGUUUCCCAUCAAUAACUUCAAAUAUCUGUGGUGGGGCUGUUUGUUCUGUACUGUUGGGUAUGGAUUGGGUGCAAUCUUUUCGAGUCUUUUUGCUUGCGUGCCUGUCAGGGCGAAUUGGGACUUGACUGUUGAGGCAGACAGAUGUAUUGAUAAGAAGGCCUUCUAUAUUGGAAACGGGGUCAUGAACAUCAUCACGGAUCUAAUGAUCUUGGCUUUGCCUAUACCGAUUGUUUGGAGAUUGUCGCUCGAGUUGAGACAAAAGAUUAUCCUCAGUGUUGUGUUCACACUAGGCUCGAUCUCCUGCGUCAUAAGUCUAGUCCGCCUCCUCAGCAUCAUAACCUGGAUCCGCGUAGGCGAUGCAGAUAUAACCUACACCCUCCAAAGCAUAGUAGUCUGGUCUGAAAUCGAACUCUCAGCCUGCAUAAUCUGCGCCAACGCCCCCUGCCUCCGCCCCUUCUUCACAACCCACCUCCCCUUCCUAUCUCUAUCCGCCCAUACGAACCACUCUUCCUCCAAAACCGGCAAUCCCUCCCAAAUCCACCAAUACCCCACCACCAUAGGCGGCAAACGCUCACGAGCAAUCUCGCCAUAUCCCAACGAUAUGGAUGCCAUUUUCGACGGCACCCAAGAUGUCGAGUUGGAGAAUUACGAUGUCGAGUCCUCUGCUGGUGGGUCAGUGGGCGAAGAUCAGCCAAAGCAUUCGUAUGCGAAACAUGGGUAUAAACCUUCCACGGGGAAUAAAACCAUCGUUAGUGUUACGAAAGCGGGGAGCAGGGGUGGUGGAAGCAGAGGAGGCAGUUUUGAUGAUGCGGAGGACAAGCGAUCGGUGGGGGUGGGGAGGCAGCAGAGUUUGAGGAGUAUUGGGGAGGAAAGAAGAGGGAGGAUAUUGGGGGAUAGAGCGGCAAGUGAGUUUGGUGAAGAGGGGGGUAUUGUGGUGCAUACUAGUUAUCACGUUCAGACUGUUAGAGAAGAUGUUUGAGUGCGAGAAGUGGUGG